CACAAUAAAAUAAAUACAUAAAUGAAAGAUGAUCAAAUGCAUUAGUUUGUUAAUACUAGAGACUAAUAAAGUUGGAAUUGCCUUAUCCUAUUUAAAAUGAACCUAUUUCACAAAAAUUGAGAUUAACUUUUUAGGGAAUAUGCCAUUUAAAUUCUAAAAUUUUCCAUCUAUGAAUCUAUGUGAGUUUUAGAAUACAGAAUAAAGGAAAAGAGUGUUUUUAAGAGACUCUUGAUUUGAAUGUCACCAACCUAUCUAGUCAGUAUCCAUGGAGGUCUGUAGCAAAUAUACAGGAAAAAGAGGGGGAAAGAAAACAACAGAAACAGCAAGGCAGGAUGGAGAAAGGAGGCCAUAGUGUGUACUGGCUUCGGUAUUGUUGGUUGCAUGACUUUCUCUGAAAGCAGCCAGCUUUCUUAAUGAAGGUAUGCGUUUAAAUCACAGGGAGAGUGCUUUAGAGUGAAGUUUCACUUUUUGUAGUGGCAGCAGUCCUGGACGUGUUGCUGGAAUGGAGGAUGAGUUUACCAUCUUCUCUUCAGACCUUAUCUCUGCCUUCAGCUCAUCUCUUUUACUUAGCAAGCCUUUGUUCAUUGGAGAGUGGACCUCUGCCUUCAGCCUUUCCAACUGCUGUCAGAAACCAAAGCAUCAGUGAGAGCUUUUUAACUGUCAAAGGUGCUGCCCUUUUUCUACCACGGGGAAAUGGCUCAUCCACACCAAGAAUCAGCCACAGACGGAACAAGCAUGCAGGCGAUCUCCAGCAGCAUCUCCAAGCAAUGUUCAUAUUACUCCGCCCGGAAGACAACAUCAGGCUGGCUGUAAGACUGGAAAGUACUUACCAGAAUCGAACACGCUAUAUGGUAGUAGUUUCAACUAAUGGUAGACAAGACACUGAAGAAAGCAUCGUCCUAGGAAUGGAUUUCUCUUCUAAUGACAGUAGCACUUGUACCAUGGGCUUAGUCCUGCCUCUGUGGAGUGACACCCUAAUUCAUUUGGAUGGUGAUGGUGGGUUCAGCGUAUCAACAGAUAACAGAGUUCACAUAUUCAAACCUGUAUCUGUGCAGGCAAUGUGGUCUGCUCUACAGAGUUUACACAAGGCUUGUGAAGUAGCCAGAAUGCAUAACUACUACCCAGGCAGCCUUUUUCUCACCUGGGUAAGUUAUUAUGAGAGCCAUAUCAACUCAGAUCAAUCCUCAGUCAAUGAAUGGAAUGCUAUGCAGGAUGUGCAGUCCCAUCGACCGGACUCGCCAGCUCUCUUCACAGACAUACCAACUGAACGUGAGAGAACAGAGAGGCUAAUUAAAACCAAAUUAAGGGAGAUUAUGAUGCAGAAGGAUUUGGAGAACAUUACGUCAAAAGAGAUACGAACAGAGCUGGAAAUGCAGAUGGUGUGUAACUUGCGAGAAUUCAAGGAAUUUAUAGAUAAUGAAAUGAUAGUGAUCCUUGGUCAGAUGGAUAGCCCUACACAAAUAUUUGAGCAUGUGUUCCUGGGCUCAGAAUGGAAUGCCUCCAACUUAGAAGACUUACAAAACCGAGGGGUACGUUAUAUCUUGAAUGUCACUCGAGAGAUAGAUAACUUCUUCCCAGGAGUCUUUGAGUAUCAUAACAUUCGGGUAUAUGAUGAGGAAGCAACAGAUCUCCUGGCUUACUGGAAUGAUACUUAUAAAUUCAUCUCUAAAGCAAAGAAACAUGGAUCUAAAUGCCUUGUGCACUGCAAGAUGGGGGUGAGUCGCUCAGCCUCCACUGUGAUUGCCUAUGCAAUGAAGGAAUAUGGCUGGAAUCUGGACCGGGCCUAUGACUAUGUGAAAGAAAGACGAACAGUGACCAAGCCCAACCCCAGCUUCAUGCGACAACUGGAAGAAUACCAGGGGAUCUUGCUGGCAAGCAAACAGCGGCAUAACAAACUCUGGAGAUCUCAUUCAGAUAGCGACCUCUCAGACCACCAUGAACCCAUCUGCAAACCUGGGCUCGAACUCAACAAGAAGGAAAUAACCACCUCAGCAGACCAGAUUGCUGAAGUGAAGACCAUGGAGAGUCACCCACCCAUCCCUCCUGUCUUCGUAGAACAUGUGGUCCCACAAGAUGCAAAUCAGAAAGGCCUGUGUACCAAAGAAAGAAUGAUCUGCCUGGAGUUUACUUCUAGGGAAUUUCAUACUGGACAGAUUGAAGAUGAAUUAAACUUAAAUGACAUCAAUGGAUGCUCAUCAGGGUGUUGUCUCAAUGAAUCAAAAUUCCCUCUUGACAACUGCCAUGCAUCCAAAGCCUUAAUCCAACCUGGACAGACCACAGAAAUAGCCAACAGGUUCCCAGAUUUAACAGUGGAAGAUCUGGAGACAGAUGCACUGAAAGCAGACAUGAAUGUCCACUUACUGCCUAUGGAAGAAUUGACAUCCCGACUGAAAGACCUCCCUAUGUCCCCUGAUCCUGAGUCACCAAGCCCCCAGCCCAGCAGCCAGGCUGAAAUCUCAGAUUUCAGUACAGAUCGCAUUGAUUUUUUUAGCGCCCUUGAGAAGUUUGUCGAACUCUCUCAAGAAACACGGUCUCGAUCUUUUUCCCACUCAAGGAUGGAGGAACUAGGUGGAGGAAGGAAUGAGAGCUGUCGACUAUCAGUGGUAGAAGUAGCCCCUUCUGAGGUGACUGCUGAUGAUCAGAGAAGCAGCUCUUUGAGUAAUACUCCCCAUGCAUCUGAAGAAUCUUCAAUGGAUGAGGAACAGUCAAAGGCAAUCUCAGAACUGGUCAGCCCAGACAUCUUCAUGCAGUCUCACUCAGAAAAUGCAAUUUCAGUCAAAGAAAUCAUCACUGAAAUUGAGUCCAUCAGUCAAGGAAUUGGGCAAAUUCAGAUGAAAGGGGACAUCCUAUCCAAUCCAUGCCAUACACCAAAGAAGAGCACCAUUUAUGAACUUCCCCUUGAGAGGACCCAGACCCCAGAGAACAAACCUGGACCUUUGGAGCAAGAUGAGGGUUUCUGCACAACCCAGCCUGAACUAGCCAAAGACUCAGGGAAGUACAAUCCAGAAGGCUGUCUACCCACACACUCAUCCACAGCAGACUUGGAAGAAGAGGAACCAGCUGAGGAGGAACACGAGCUCUGGGGCCCAGCGAUGCAGUCAGGUGCCAAGUGGUGCUCUGGGUCUGUGAGGCGAGCCACCCUGGAGUUUGAAGAGCGCUUACGGCAGGAGCAGGAGCACCACGGCACUACCCCUGCAUGUACCUCAUUGUCUACUCGCAAGAAUUCUAAAACUGAUUCUUCCAUGACAGACCUGGCACCAAAAGGAAAAAGUGAUGAAACCACCCCAGAACAUUCAUUUGUCCCCAAGGAACCAGAGAUCAGCAAGGGCAAAGGGAAAUGCCCUGGGUCUGAGGCUGGCUCAUUUUCCCAUUGUGAGCAGAGUAUCAUCAUUCCAGCACCUGAGCUGUCAGACUGUCACCCCUUGCCAGCUCCUAGGGAGGGCCCAGGGUCAGAUACUAGAACAAAGCAGGAAGGAGUCCCGAAGGAGCAGAGGACUGUGGUUUCAUACCAAGAAUCUGAGACACAGGCCAUCCCUCUUCCUUUCCCUAAGAGGAUAGAAAUCAUUGAGUAUACCCACACAGUUACAUCACCCGAUCACACUGGGCCAGGUGGUGAAAUAGCCACCUAUGAAGGAAGUGGGGAGCAAGGAUUGAGGAAGGUGAAAGUGGAGAAGUCUGUCACUGUGCUCUGUGCACUGGAUGAAAAUCUAAACAGGACUUUGGACCCCAACCAGGUUUCUUUGUGCCCUCAAGUGCUACCUCUGCCUCAUUCUUCCUCUCCUGAACAUGAUAGAGCCACCAACUCCACCUCCAUGAUGAGCACCCCUGAAGACAGUGACAAUAGCCCAUCAACAGCCCUGGAGACAGUAGCACCUUUUGUCAGUUGCACAACCCAUGUACCAUCUGCCACCUUGGAUUACCUGCUUCCCCAUACCAUGGUUCACCUGGAAGGCUUCACAGAGCAAAGCAGCACCACAGACAGUGAGCCCUCCACAGAGCAGGUUAGCUGGGAAGAAAGGAAAGAGGACCCCCUCUCCAGUGGUUAUGAAGUGCCACACAGGGGCUCUCAGUUAAGUACUGAAGACCUAAGUUUAAUUGGCAAACUCAGUGAAAGCACUGGGGAGUUACAGAAAAAGCAAGACCCAUCACUCAUACCCUGUCGAGUCCCACAUAGCUCCAGUAGUGAAGAUAUAAAGAAUCUCAUUCACAGCCCCAGUGUGGUAAAGGAGCGGGCUAAAGAAAUUGAGUCGCGCGUGAUUUCCCAGGCAGGGCUCACCAAACCAUCCCAAAUGAGGCGUUCAGCUUCUCUGGCCAAGUUAGGUUACCUGGACCUCUGUAAAGACUGUUUACCAGAGAGAGAGCCUGUCUCCUCUGAAUCCCCUCAUCUCAAACUGCUCCAGCCCUUCAUCAGAACAGACUCAGGCAUGCAUGCCAUGGAGGCCCAGGAGCCCCCAGAAAACCCAGGUGCCCCCAAGAACCUAGAGCCCACCAAGUAUUUUGUAGAACAACUCAAAACAACAGAGUGUAUUGCACAGAGUAAGCCAGUGGAAAGGCCCCUUGUGCAGUAUGCCAAAGAAUUUGGUUAUAGUCAGCAGUGUUUGCUCCCCAGGGCAGGACUGGAAUUGACUAGUUUGGAAGGAGGUCUUCCUUUGCUACAGACCCAGGGACUGCAGUGUGCAGGCCCAGCACCAGGGCUGGCCGUGGCACCUCGUCAGCAGCAUGGUAGAACUCACCCCCUUAGGAGACUGAAAAGGGCAAAUGAUAAAAAACGGACAACCAACCCCUUCUAUAACACCAUGUGAUUCUGAGCCUAUACAUGUGAUUUUCUAAGAGAAAUGUUUGUAAAGGGGCAGGUGUAAUAUGUAAGGAACAUGCACUUUAUUGGUUAAUUUUAUAAUAUUUUGGUCAUAUUACUGUUCCUGGCGCAUGCAGGGUUUGGGUUUUUCUUGGUGUAUAUGUAUAUAUGUGUGUGUGUAGAGAGGUUGAUUUGGAUGGAAAGACCAUUUUAUCAUUUUUUUAUUUUUAAAAAAUUCUCAAACCUCAAAAAAAAAAAAAAAAAAAAAAACCACCUCAUUUUCAAA